CACUCGAACGUUAGAUUGUCGUAAACGCCCUAGUAAGUGGUGCAAUACUACUGCUAAAACAACACGCUUCCGCUGCGCAGACACAGCAAGCAAUACCCAUGGUCAGCACUAGAUCAGUCAGGGUACAACCCCCCUCAGAGGGAGGUCCCGUCGGAGCCGACGAUCCGUCCGUAGGAGAUCCACCUCCUUCAGACGACGAUGGCGAAGACGACGACGACGCAGGAACGGAACCCAGCAACGGCUCCAGUCUUCCAGCUCAAGUGGUUUGCGUCCAUCAAACUCCACGCUUUUCCAUCUCACCCAGUCUCUCGCAGGGACGUCGGGCGAUAUUGGACUACAGCAUUCCGAAGAUCGCGAAGCUUUAUGUUUCGGCAACGAAGCCGCUCUCGAAAACUGAAUUCGACAUCAAGGCAGGUGCUCUCACACCUUUACUUUCGAGUCUGGCACUCAGGGCUCGAGAGCACGGAUGGCAUGGACACGGAAGUAACGGAAUUCUCAAAAUUCCAAAUAACAUCACUAUUCCGAACGGCGCCAGCAAGUCGCUCAUCAAGGAAUACGGUCAAAUCUCCCUUCCCCACAUCCGCAACUAUGUCGGUACAUUUGCGAACACCAAAACUCGUGAAGUACAAGAUGACGAGGCACUCUACCAGUGCUUGAAAGUAUCGCUCACGCACGAAGCAAUGGCGAAAAUCAAUCUCUACGAAACUGAAUGGACGGUUGCAGCUCGCGGCGAACAAACUCUUGAUUUACUUCCGAAUCUUUUCAAAGGAUACGAAGCGGCCAAGGAUACGCAAUUUUUGGAAUACAUCCGCAAGAAGAAAGCCGAAUUUGAGGAGGGAACAGUCUUUUUGGAGCCGGAAAUUUUAAUGUCGCAAGCAUCUAUCAAAUAUCGAACUUUGGUGGAGAAAGGAGAGUGGGAUGCCCCAUCCGAAAGCGAAGCGAAGAUUCUAGCUCUAACUACCCAAGUCAAGGAACUUCAGGCAAAGAAGUCAGAGAAACCUAAGUCUAAAGCUAAGGGUGACUCAAAAAGGAAGAAGAAGAAAGGGAAGAAAUCCGAUAAACCAAAAACGGACAAGUAUGCUUCACUAAAGAAGCCAAGCGCGUCAGAACCUCACACAAAGACUUUUGACGGAGACAAGAUUAAGUUCUGUACUAACCAUCAAGCUUGGGGCACGCAUUUGGCAAGCGAAUGCAAGGGAUACGGACUCGAAAAGGAUUCCAAUGGAAAACCAAUUCCAAAAGGAUCUGAACCUAAUGCCACAGACAAGAAAGGCCCGCCCUCAAAGUCACACGCCGCAAUCAUGCGGAUGAGCAAGGCCCUAACAACCGAAAUCGAGAAGGCCGAGACCGAAGAAUGA